AUGAUACCAAAGCUAAGAGAGAAGAAGGUUCAAUGUGUAUUUGAGGGGAUCGCUAAACAAGGAAACCCAACACUUCUCAAUCAGAUCUACACAGAGCUCUACAUCACAGAGGGUGGAACAGGAGAGGUCAAUAAUGAACAUGAGCUGAGACAGAUUGAGACAACAACCAGGAAACAAGCAAGACAAGAGACUGCAGUCAAAUGUAACGACAUCUUCAAACCCUUAACUGGACAAGACAAACUCAUCAGAACUGUGCUGACAAAGGGAGUCGCUGGCAUUGGAAAAACAGUCUCUGUGCAGAAGUUCAUUCUGGACUGGGCUGAAGGAAAAGCAAAUCAGGAUGUCCAAUUUGUAUUUUCAUUCCCUUUCCGGGAGCUGAAUUUGAUGAAAGGGGAAAAACACACUUUGAUUGAACUUCUCUAUCACUUCUCAAUGGAAACCAAACAAUCAGGAAUCUCCAACUACCACAAGUACAAAGUUCUGUUCAUCUUUGAUGGUCUGGAUGAGUGCCGACUGCCCCUAGACUUCCAGAAGAACAAGAUCUGUUGGGACGUCACAGAGUCAACCUCAGUGGAUGUUCUGCUGACAAAUCUCAUCAAGGGAAAUCUGCUUCCCUCUGCUCUCCUCUGGAUAACUACCCGACCUGCAGCAGCCAAUAAGAUCCCUUCAGGGUGUGUUGACCAGGUGACAGAGGUACGAGGGUUCAAUGACCCACAGAAGGAGGACUACUUCAGGAAGAGAUUCAGUGAUGAGGACCUGGCCAGCAGAAUCAUCUCACACAUAAAGACAUCAAGGAGCCUCCACAUCAUGUGCCACAUUCCAGUCUUCUGUUGGAUUUCUGCAACAGUCCUCGAACACAUGCUGAAACAUAAGAGAGCAGAGAUGCCCAAGACUCUGACUGAGAUGUACACACACCUUGUGGUGUUUCAUACCAAACAGAAGGAUGAAAAGUAUCUUGGGAAAGAAGAGACAGGUCCCCACUGGAAUAAAGAGAGCAUUCUGUCACUGGGAAAACUGGCUUUUCAACAGCUUGUGAAUGGCAAUCUGAUUUUCUAUGAAGAAGACCUGAAAGAGGCUGGCAUUGAUGUCAAUGAAGCCUCAGUGUACUCAGGAUUGUGCACACAGAUCUUUAAAGAGGAAUGUGGGCUGUACCAGGACAAGGUGUACUGCUUCGUUCAUCUGAGCAUUCAGGAGUUUCUGGCUGCUGUAUAUGUGUUCCUCUCAUUCAUCAACAACAAUGAGAAUCUAAUGGACAAACAGCAAACAAAGUCCAGUAUCUUUUCUCUGCUGUACAGAGACAAGUCUGAAGUUACUGUCUACAAGAGUGCUGUGGAUAAAGCCUUACAAAGUGAGACAGGAAACCUGGACCUUUUCCUCCGAUUCCUUCUGGGACUCUCACUGGAGUCCAAUCAGAAGCACUUACGAGGUCUACUGACAAAGACAAGAAGCAGCUCACAGAGCCAUGAAGACACAGUGAACUACAUCAAGGAGAAGAUCAGGGAGAAUCCCUCUCCAGAGAGGAGCAUCAAUCUGUUCCACUGUCUGAAUGAACUGAAUGACCAUUCUCUAGUGGAGGAGAUCCAAUUCUACCUGAGAUCAGGAAGUCUCUCAGAAGAAGAACUGUCACCUGCACAGUGGUCAGCUCUGGUCUUUGUGUUGCUGACUUCAGAAAAGGAGCUGGAUGUGUUUGACCUGAAGAAAUUCUCCAGAUCAGAGAAAGGUCUUCUGAGGCUGCUGCCAGUGGUCAAAGCCUCCAGAGCUGCUCUGUGAGUACAUAAAAUGACAUAUAAGAACUAAUCAUCAGGCAGAAAUAUUCAGUUUAGGAAAAAUGUGUAUUAUAAUAUGUAUAUAAUAUUAUAUUGAAAAACAUAUAGAAAAAAUGCAUUGAUUUUGACAAUAGUAUAACAAUAUAACCAUACAAUUCAAGGAGAUGGGAGAUGAAUCUAUAUGUUGUUUGGGAAUAUGAAGCAAAUGCAUCUUCCAUUGUCCUUCUACACUACUGGUGUUAAAUUAACAGUGUGUUUGUGAAGUCAUGAUGAUCUCGUUGCAGGCUGUC